AUGUAUAAAAUAUUUUGCUGUCGUUCGAAUAAUGCAACGAGAGUCGAAGUUGAUGAAAUAACGGAUUCAUUAGAAAAAUGUUUAUCGACAGACAGAGGAAUACGCGAAUUUAAAAAUUUUUUAGAUAAAAAUCGUUUCGACGAAGAAAGUAAAACAUUAACGUUUUCAUUAAAAUGUCAAAAUAUAUUGGGAGAAAUAUCGAGAUUAAGUCCGUCGACGAGGUCUCAAGAAUUACCACAUAAAAUACAAAACGAUAUAAGAAAUAUUUACGAAUUGGCAAACGAUGUUAAUUUCGAUUUGGAUCAAAUGAAUAAUUUAAGAAAUUUAUAUUCAUCGGACGUUGAUAAAAAGAUGCACACGCUUCAAUUGGCACAGACAUGGGCAAUUGAUCUUUUACAAGAUGUUUAUAAAACUUUUAGAGCACGAGCCUUAAAAACCGCCGUAUGA